ACCACCACCGCCGCCGCCGCAACAUGACGGCCAAGGACUGCGGCCACGACGAAGACAACCGAAAAAAGCUCUACCGCCGCCUCUUCGCCGCCGCCCUCGGCUUCACAGCCGCCGUCCUCUUCACAAUCCUCCUAGUAUGGCUAAUCCUCCGCCCCGCCAAGCCCCAUUUCAUCCUCCAGGACGCCACCGUCUACGCCUUCAACCUCACCGCCACAAACCUCCUCACCGCCAGCUUCCAAAUCACCCUCUCAUCCCGAAACCCUAACGGCAGAAUCGGCAUCUACUACGACAAAAUCGACGUCUACGCCGCCUACCGCAGCCAGCAAAUCACCAUCCCCACCCUCCUGCCGCCGUCCUACCAGGGCCACAAGGACACCACCGUCUGGUCGCCGUUUCUCGGCGGGGGCGCCGCCGUCCCCGUGGCGCCGUACCUCGCCGCUUCUCUGAAAGAGGAUGGGUCGUCGGCGGGGACUGUGAUGGUCAACGUCAGAGUUGACGGCAGGAUCAGGUGGAAAGUGGGGAGUUUCGUUUCCGGGAAGUACCGUCUGAACGUGAAUUGUCCGGCUUAUAUAAAUUUCGGUGAGAAGAAAAACGCCGCCGCUGUUGGGGCGGCGAUCAAGCGUCAGCUGAUUAUGGACUGCAACGUUGAUGUUUGAGCUCUAGCUGUACUGUAGUGGUGUUUUAAUAAUAAUUUAAUAUUCCUUUAAU